GGCAACUCCCGUCGGCAAUUCCCAGCAAUCGGUUGCUCGGCAACAGCCUUUUCUGUUGCUCUGGGUUGCUGAAGUGCUGCCAAAUGCUAUUCAGGGUUGUUCAAAAAUUGCCCAAUAUGUCGGCAACAUCCGACGAUCGCCGACGGUCGCGGAGCGUGACGUCACGAUAAUUAUAACCAAUGAACGAGCUGUUGCUCUCGAUCGCCGAGAAGUUGAAUAUUUUGAACUUUCUGGCUGUCGCUGAGGUGUUGCUGGAUGGUCCUGCAGUACGAGCAAGUAGCUAUGGAGCAGCAAAUAGAUACCCAGCAACUGAUAGAGGAGGUGGAGCGGCGCCCUCUACUGUGGGAUCUCAGUGUUCCACAGUACUCAAAUAAAACAGUAAAAGAUGGUGCUUGGCGUGCUGUCGGAGAGGCCUGUGGCUGUUCAGGCGCCGCGGCGCAGGCGAGGUUCAAAAACCUGAGAACGGCGUACCAGAGGAGGAAGCAAAAGCUCCCUAGCGGGUCCGGGGCCCAGCAGACUCCCAGGAGGCCGCACCCGUACGACCUACCGUUUUUGGACAGGGUCAGGCGGCGCGCGGAGACCUCAUCCAACCUGGAGCUACCAGAUCCUUCUCCGCGUCCUGUUCCCCCCUGUGAGAGGUCGCAGUCCGCGGGAGACGCUGGACCCAGCCGGCAGCCAGGACCGAGCCGUCCGCGUCAACUCGUCGUCGCACCAGACCCGCUCGAGACGGAUGUUCUGUUUCUGGACGACUGCUCCUCGGUCCCCUCGCCGGCGGCGCUGGUAGAGGUUUCAUAUGGAUAUGAAUCAGAGACACAGUACACACCGCCGUCACCACACGCCUCUCACGCACCCACCUCAUGCGACCCACGCACGGCGGCCACACCCACGACAGAAACACCUACAACACCUUCACCCACGCUCACGACAGCUACACCCACACGUACGACAGCAGCACCCACGCUCACGACAGCCACACGUACGACAGCAGCACCCACACCCACGACAGCCACACGUACGACAGCAGCACCCACGCCCACGACAGCCACACGUACGACAGCAGCACCCACGCUCACGACAGCCACACGUACGACAGCAGCACCCACACUCACGACAGCCACACGCACGACAGCAACACCCACAACCAGCCAGCGUGCCGGUGGGAGGCGCCGACGAGCGACCGACGACGUCGACGCGCAGCUGGUCACCGAACUGGAUGAGAUGCGGCGUGGGCGCACCCAGUUUGAUCCCGAGUGCGUCCACUGGGGCAACAUCGUCAUGAGCGAGAUGCAGGCACUGGAGCGUGGGGGCGAUGCCCGUCGGGAGUUCCGCGGCAAGCUGGCGCGCCUGGUCGCCGAGCUUUACCAGUAGCUCUUGUGAUCUGUGAUGAUGUGAUGUAGACGCGCGUUUUUUCUGUGAUUGUUUUGUAGCUGUUUUGUUUUGUAGUUUUGCCAUGAGCCUACUGCAGUCGGCUCGUGGCAGCCAUUGGCGCCACUGGUUACCUGUUGGUAUUGUUACAACACCUGUUGUAAGGGUUACCUGUUGUUACAAUACCUGUUGGUAUUGUAAAUGUAAUAAAGUUCGCAAAAUGUA